GCUAUACUCAAGACAAAUGCUAUACGAAUGAGAGCUUCUGGUGUCCAUCGGAGAAGAGAUGUCUUCCAAUGUCUGUUCGCUGUAAUCACAUCCCGGAGUGUCUGAAUGGCGCCGACGAACAAAACUGCAAGAACUAUAAUUGUAUGAAUGGAUAUAAAAAAUGUGAUUCCGGACAAUGCAUUCCA